ACCACCUACGUCCCGCGCAUCCCCGCCGAGCCCGCACGGCCCCGCUGCCCGCGCCGCCGCGGCCGCCCCCCGGCAUAAAAGGGGCGGCCGGGGGGGGGACGCGCACCGGCGGCCCGGUUUGCCGCCGAGAGGAGAGGAUAAAGAGAAGAAGCGCAGGGGCGAUGCUGGAAGCCGCCGGGAGGUCGCAGCGUGUGGGAAGGGGGGCGAGAGGCGAGUGAGCCCCCGCCGGGCCCCGCGGCAGCCGCCGAGCUCCGGCGCCCCCUCCCCGGCCGCCCUCAGCCCCGCACCGGCCCCCGCCGCCCCUCGCCGCCGGAGCAAGGGAGGGAGGGAGGCUGCCCAGCCCAGCGGCCCAGGAUGCAGUUUCGUCUCUUCUCCUUUGCCCUGCUCAUCCUCAACUGCAUGGAUUACGGCCACUGCCAAGCCAGCCGCUGGAGACGCAGCAAGAGAGCUAGCUAUGGAGCAAAUCCAAUUUGCAAAGGCUGUUUAUCUUGUUCGAAGGAUAAUGGGUGCAUCAGAUGCCAACAUAAGUUAUUCUUCUUCCUACGAAGAGAAGGAAUGAGACAAUACGGUGAAUGCUUGCAUUCCUGCCCAUCGGGGUACUAUGGGCUCCGAACGCCUGAUAUGAACAGAUGUUCAAGAUGCAGAAUAGAAAACUGCGACUCCUGCUUUAGCAGAGACUUUUGCACCAAAUGCAAAACUGGCUUCUACUCACACAGAGGCCGCUGCUUCAGAGGAUGCCCCCCUGGAUUUGCUGCCUUGGAAGAGCUUAUGGAAUGUGUGGAAGGCUGUGAAGUGGGUCAGUGGAGUGAGUGGGGAACUUGCAGCAGAAACAAUAAAACAUGUGGAUUUAAGUGGGGCCUGGAAACGAGAACAAGACAAAUUGUGAAGAAGCCAGCAAAAGACACAAUACCAUGCCCAACCAUUGCAGAAUCCAGACGGUGUAAAAUGGCUGUGAGGCAUUGUCCAGGAGAUCCCAGCUUGGAGACAUGUCACUGGUGAGAGGUGUUUUUGUUAUCUUUUUAGUUGAAAUGCUUAAUCUUUCACUUGUGAAGACUGAACAUUUACAGUUUCCAGAAUUUGGAGGAGAGGCGAGUGAUCAGCAGGUGAUAAAGAUGCCAUUUCUUUUGGAAUUGUAGGAUUAAAGGAAGAUUCAGGCUCAAAGGGACUUCAAGAGAUCUCUAGUCCAACUUGCUGCCGCGAGCAUGGUGAACUGUGAAAUCAGACAAAACAAAAGGAAUAAAGGGUGGUGGAGUCCUGCGAUUAAGCCAUAACCCGAAGAAUAAGCUAAAAUUGAACUAAAUUUAGAGUAGGUGCAUAAAUAACUAUGAUUUAUGUUCUGGUAGUUUUGUCUCUAGGACCCUGGUAUCACUCUGGAAAAGAAUAUAAAGUUGAUUCUCUGUUGUCCAGGUUAACUGAAUGUAAGUUAUACACUCUUCCUCCCUGUCCAACUCUCUAUAUUCACAGACGUGCAUGCAUGCAUAUGCACUUUCACGUAAAGUCAAAGUAGUACAGCACAGUUAAUCUGCAACCUAAGUAUCUCCCAAAGUCUGUCUCACUGAAGAGUUGACUAUAAUGAUGUCAAUUUGAUUUUUUUUUUUAUUUUUUGGGGGGGGUAUUUUAAUUGUGGAAAUUAAAUGCAAAUACAAUACUAACAGUCAAUUGCAAGUCAAGGAGGGAAAAAAAAACAAACACACAACACUGGUGAACAAAAGGCAACUGAGAUGACAAGUAAGCAUCAUUUUCACACUAUACACUUUGAGUCUGAUUCAUGUUGCAUGCAGACCGACCUCCAUGAGUAGCAGCAAAAGUCUAUGGAAAUAUUCUGAGUUUCUUGUCAGCAAGUUAAAUAUAGCCCAAACAAGAGAUUGUAUGGACUUCUUAUGCUGCACCAAAAUGAUCUAUUUUAUAUGUGAUAUACAGCCCAUAUCAUCUUGUUUUGCAUUAUUUAUAUUUUCUAACACUUUGUUCUUACAUUUUAAGUUUAACGGUUAAUUUUCUAAUAUAUGUAAUAUACAAUAGUUUAUGUAUUAAAAAAAGGAGAAAACUUUGGUUAUCCAACAGAAGGACUGGGUUUGGUAUCAAUUCUAUUAGGAUAAAAGAGAAGUGAUGAGUCUAGAAGUGAGGUGUUAAGAAAUAAAAAAUGAACUUCUUUGGAGGAGGGAAGAAAAAAGGUAAAAAUCAGGGCCGCCAUAAUAUUCUCUUAGGCUGUUUCAGAUUUUCUUUUCUGGAAAUUCAGGUUACAGAUUAAAGAUUUACCUUCCAAAUUUUAUGUUUUUGAAGGUACAGAGGAAGGCCUUCCUUAGAGUUAGGAAAUUUAUUCUGUAGUCUACACGAAGAUCUUUGAUCAAAUCUGUGUUUUGUUCAGCAUGUUUCAGAAAAGUUGUUGCUGCAAAUACAAUUUCAGUGUGAAAGACUUGUAGUAUUCUUUCACAACUAUUAUUUCUAAUAAGUCCUGAGGUUUAUAGUUUUCUCUUGUCCUCCCAUGGUGUGGAACUCCCUGUCUAUAUUCUCAGAGAUAAAAUAUAAAUAUGUACAAAACUGCAGGUUUGAACUCACCACACUGAAUCCUGAUGAUUAAUACUGAUUCUGUACAAUCAUAUAAAUCACUGAUCAGAGUAUAAACUCCUUUCUCUCUACUAAGAAACUCCUGGGAGGAGAUAUGUUACUAGUAUUUUAAGUGCCUGGGGUAGGUUUUCCCCUGACCUGGCUACCUCUGCAGGUGAGAGACACCGAAUUUGUCUUAGAAUCUCUGGCUUUAUUAUAUGUUUUAAUUACAAUUUUACACAUAGUUGUUCUAAGAUCCGAUUCCUUUAUCAUAUUUCAUUUAGUUAGCAGGUUGCCCCUUUAGUCACUCAGAAUGCUUUGUUGCUUUCCUAAUGACGGUGAAGUACCAGGAGGCAUACCUGUUUGCUACAGGGAAGCUCAAAUCAAGCAGAUUCUGGCUGUUAAAGAUGAGAUUCUGUCUUUAAAAAUGCAGCAUUUUCCUGAUGUUAGAAAUUUUGUAAUUGAACUUUUAAACUGAAGAAGUAAGAGAAAAAAAAUGCAAGGUCAGCAAUAUUUGAUGACUGAAGAACAGUUAUCCCUGUAAAUAUCUGUUGAAAGGCUGUACUAAUGAAUCCUUUUGUCCUAAAUUUCUCAGUACGUAAACACACAAACAUGUAGGCUGAGUAUUGGAUUAUACAGCUAAGAUGGUUAUAGAUUGUGAUGGAUUAAAUUGAGCACAGGAAGUAAGGAUAUUUUUGGUAGAACAGGGUCAAAUAAAGUGCUUGUAACAUAUGUUUUCUACUUCUGUACGUUUUUACAGUUACUAUUUAUGGUCUGUAUUACAGAAAAACAUCCAAAACAGAUUUUAUGCUUGCAAAAGAAGUGGAGUUAAAUUCAGUUUUCCUACUAAGUACUUCAGUUUCAUAUUUAUCAGGGAUUAAGAUGUUACCCAUCUGACCAUGUGGCUGUAAUAUGAAUCUUGAUGAAGAAGAAUUCUUUAUCACUUUCCUGGUAUAUGCAGAGUUGUAGAGAUAGAAGCUGGAAUGCAAGUGAAAGAUGAUAUCACUUCUUUCCUACUGAAGCCAGCAACAUGUAAGAGGAUACUCUACUUGAUUUCAAAGUAGAUGUUACUUAGUAAUAUUUUCUUAUUGUCAGUACUAAUUGAUUUAGCUGUUAUUACCAGAUGGGAAUGUCACAUUUGUAUAUCUGUUCAUUUUAUGUAUGUUACCCUGUGGCUUGGGUGUAACGUGACUCAUACUACAAGAAGUUAGACUUAGAAAAAGAUGACUUGGAUCAUUCAGGCCAC